AUGUUGCUCUCCCUGCGCUUACAUCGCUGUUGGCAGCGCUGCGCGGGGGACUAUCUGGUGCCGCUGUCGCCUCGGGACCAGCCCGCGAGUGAUAGCUCAACGGAUCACUUGGUACCUCAUAGCAAAACGCUACCGGCGGCGGAGAGGCCAGGAAUGGAGGAUUCACAAUAUCAACCUCUUCUGAAAGCAUCACAAGAAUAUGGCAACAUUCCAACGGUGUCCUUGAACGUGAACGGAAAACGAGACGCCUCAAAUGCUUCCGCCGCCGAGACAAAGAACAAUACAAAGUGUCAGCAGUCUGAAUCCACUGAUAGGUUGUUAAGUUCGUUAGAGGGUCCGGUAGAGGUCGCGGAGACUUCCUUCACCGAGACCAAAACGACGCCGAGCAUCGAACCCGAACCCACGGUUGAGAAACUGAUAAGUAUAACACCGACUUCACCCAAACCUCCAGAAAACGCUCUGUCGAUAGCCAUAGACUCAACUAACGUCAUAGAUAAGACGAACAAAACACAUUUGAUACCGGAAAAGAAAUCCGCACCCAUAGCGUCCCCCGACCCGCCACGCAUAAACGCCUGGAAUAGAGACGCACCCGCCAUCCCAAAACCUAAACCAUUCUGUUUGGACGCGGCUCAGUUAGAGCAAAACCUGAACGCCUUGAAGAAAAACAGCGGCUCAGUUAACCUAACUACUAUGAAUACUAUGAAAGUGUUACCGCCGUACAUAAACGUGGUCACGCCAAACAAAAUAUCAGAAGCGAAAACUAUACAGAUAGAUCCGAAAAAGGCUGUCAUACAUGACUUACAGUCACCAAGCGAAAAUGAGGACAAAGAAAAAGGGAAAUUAAAACAAUCGAGCUCAGCAGCGAGCUUAUUAAAUGGACCUCUCACUGAACUACCUUACGCGGAUAGUGAUAACGCUUCAUCGAGCUCCGGCAGCAACACACAAAAUAUAAAUCAAAAAAACAAAAACUACUCAGAAAUAACAAUAAACGGCAAAAACGUCAAAAAACAAAACAGUAAUGGCGGGGAAACUGAAAUAAACUGCUAA